CAGAUAACAAAGUGGAGAGGAUGUGGGGAGACUGUACAGUGAGGAAGAAGUACUCCCAUGUGGACCUGGUUGUCAUGGUGGAUGGCUAUGAGGGAGAAAAGGGAGCCAUCGUAGCUGGUAGCAGAGGAUACUUUCUUAAGGGUCCCCUCGUUUUCCUAGAGCAGGCUCUCAUUCAGUAUGCUCUGCAGACGUUGCUCAGUAAAGGAUACACCCCUGUUUAUACCCCCUUCUUCAUGAGAAAGGAAGUGAUGCAGGAAGUGGCUCAGCUAAGUCAGUUUGAUGAAGAGCUUUACAAG